AUGGCGGGGUUGCUCGAUCUGGAGAAGCACUACGCCUUCUACGGGGCAUACCACGGCAACCCCGUGAACGUCUUGAUCCACGUCCUUUUCGUCUGGCCAAUCUUCUUCUCCGCCCUCCUGCUCUUCUACUUCACCCCUCCCUUCUUCCACGUCGCCAAACCCCUCGGCCUUCCCCUCGUCUUCAACUUCGGCUCCGUCGUCGCCGCCUUCUACGCUCUCUUCUAUCUCCUCCUGGAAAGAAAGGCCGGCUCCCUCGCCGCUCUCCUCUGUAUCCUCUGCUGGGUCGGCAGCAGCAUCCUCGGCAGCCACCUCGGCUUCUCCCUCGGCUGGAAGGUAUGCUAUCCUCCAUGGCCGCCGUUUCAACCUCCUUUCUCCCUCGGUCCUGCAUGUUGCUGGGUUCCCUUUCCCUCCACACGACGCAAUAGCGACCUUCAAUCCGCUCGUCUCUUUUCCUUCAGAGACUGGAAUUAUGGAAUUUACCAAGCGAUAAUUUCCUACGCUAUCAGCGUGAGCUUUCUUACGUUAAUUGCCGUGAAUUAGUCAUUUCUGACUUGGAUGUUCUUCCAUAAAGAUUAUCUAUCACCAAUCUCGAGUAGAUUUCUUCGUGUAAGAUGGUCGAGGCCCCAUUGAGAGCGCAACUUUGUUGAUUUUUCUUCAUCACCGAGUGGCACGCUGUUGUUCAGCAAGUAAACUACCUUGGGAAACGGCGGACUUGGAUGAAACCUCUGCUCUGGUCGGGAAUGAUCUCCGUGAUGAGCUCGAGGGUGCAGCUUAGGAUGAUUUCCUCUGUGUCGCCGAAUCGAGCCGUCUUGUUCUUGACAUACCCAUGCUCGUUUACGCUCAAAUGGCCGAACCUUCGUGUCGACCUCGAGUGUCCCCGUGCAAUUUCUACUUCACGCGUUGACUUUCAUCUGCAGUUGGGCCUAGUCGUUCAGCUCUUCUGUUGGACCGGACAGUUCAUCGGCCACGGAGUCUUUGAGGUGAGUCUUUUACCAUAAGUCGAUGGGUUCGAGCCCACACGGAUGACGGUGUGGGUCGUCCUGAACACUCUUCUUUUGGGGCAUCCUCCGCAGGGCCGAGCUCCUGCGAUUCUUGACAACCUCUUCCAGGCGUUAGUCACGGGUCCCCUCUUCGUCCUUCUAGAGGUAGUUGACUUUGACCAUUCUGGCGGCGGUCGGUCCUAGGUGUCGACUUACUCUCUCUCUCGCUCUCUCUCUCUCUCCUCUCUCCGCGCAGGUGCUGGACAGGUUCUUCGGAUACGAGCCGUACCCCGGUUUUCUCGCCAGGGUCAAUGCCAGGAUAGAGGCGGAGAGAAAAGAAUGGCAGGCCAGCAAGCGGAAUAAGAGCUCUUGA